AUGGAAUGGAUGGACCUGCCACCGGUCGCUUAUGACUGGGCCGUUCAAGCUUUUACCCAAGGACUCAAUGUUCAAAGUUCGGUGGCUUCACAGCAAUUGAAGAAAAAUCUAAUAGAGUAUUCGACUGUCACUUGGGCUAAUGUGCAUAACCGAUAUCAAUCGAAGAUCAGAGUCGAAGAUGAUCAACUGGGGGCUCCUUCCGGGUCCAUUUAUCCUAUUAGAGACGCUAACAGAGUCGAGAGAGAUAUUGUUCGUGAACCAAGGUCGAACAGGGAUCGAUACCAGUCGUACAAUGAGGAUCGAAGAAGCAAUGGGUCCGGACGGAGUUCUAUACGAAAUGAGAGGAGAAACGACCGAGUAUCGACUAUCGGACGCAUCAAAGAUACCAAAUGGCCUCGACCUCUGCAAUCCGACCCAGCCCAAAGGGACCCGAACCAAAUGUACAAGUAUCAUGGCACUCAUGGCCAUAGAACAGAAAAUUGCCGACAAUUGAGGGAGGAGGGACCUCAGGUUAGGAGGGUAAAUGAUAGGUUGAUAAGUAUUAAGCUGGUAGUUGGUGGGUUUACUGUAAAUGUGAUUAGUGCAUAUGCUCCUCAGGUAGGUUUGGACCAGGAGGUCAAGAAGCACUUCUGGGAGGAUUUGAACGAGAUGGUGCGUACUAUCCCGCACACAGAGAAGUUAUUCAUUGGUGGAGAUUUCAAUGGUCAUAUUGGGGCUAGUGCUAGGGGUUAUGAUGAUGUACAUGGCGGGUACGAUUUUGGGGAUAGAAAUGAGGGAGGUAAUUCUCUGUUGGAUUUUGCUAGAGCUUUUGACUUGGUUAUAGCUUACUCGAGUUUUCCGAAGAGGGAAGAGCACCUGGUCACUUUUCGGAGUUCAAUGGGCAAGACCCAGAUUGAUUAUCUUCUCUGCAGGAAAGGCGAUAAAGUUCUGUGCACUGACUGCAAGGUCAUCCCAAGUGAGCACCUCAUGACUCUUCAUAGGCUCCUAGUUAUGGACCUGGAGAUCAAGAGGAGUAGGAGGAAUAGGGCGGGGUACAGGGAACCUAAGAUCAAGUGGGGUAACUUGACCAAGGACAAAUCUCAGGAGUUAGGGGAGAAGUUGUUGGCGAUGAGGGCCUGGAUGAGUAGAGGGGACGCAUCUAGUAUGUGGUUUACGACCGCGAAUUGCAUUAGGGUAGCUGCUAGAGAGGUCUUAGGGGUCACGAAGGGCUCUUCUGGGGGUCAUAAAGGGGACUGGUGGUGGAAUGGAGAGGUUCAAGGUAAAGUGGAAGCUAAGAAAGCUGCUUAUUUGAAGCUAGUGGAGAGUACAAACGAGGAGGAAAAAAAGACUUAUGGGGAGUGUUACAGAAAGGCAAAGAAAGAGGCGAAGUUAGCGGUUACGACGGCUAAGAACGCGGCGUUUGCUCGUUUGUACGAGGAGCUCGAGGGCAAAGGCGGGGACAAGAGGUUGUACCGGUUGGCCAAGGUGAGGGAGAGGAAAUCCCGCGACUUAGACCAAGUCAAGUGCAUCAAGGAUGAGCAUGGCAAAGUGUUGAUAGAUGAGGCACUUAUUAGGAGAAGAUGGCAGUCAUACUUCCAUAAACUGUUGAAUGAGGAGGGGGAUAGACACAUUGUGCUGGGAGAGUUGGAGCACUCUGAGAGUCGGCGGGAUUUUGGGUAUUGUAGGCGGAUUACGGUAGAGGAGGUGGAAGGGGCGAUGCGUAAGAUGUCCAGGGGCAGAGCGACGGGGCCAGACGAAAUUCCGGUAGAAUUCUGGAAAAGCGCGGGGCGGGCAGAUUUGGAACUCCAAACGACGCCAUUUGGGAGAUUGACUCCUGGACAGGAUUUAACAGGUCUUUGGGCCAGGUUUGAUCGGGUUUCUGGAGGAAAAACGACUUGGGCUGGGCAAAAUUGA